UCCUGUUUUUUAUUCAUCCGUGUUGCAUAAUCUGUGGGUGAGGCUAACAAAUAAAUAAGGAUGUAAAUAAUGACCUUCAGGUUUAUCAGCAACUAAUUGUUAUUACAUUGGGAUUGGCCAUUAUGUUUUCAUAAAUCACACGGUGAGCUUCUUCUAUGAUUAUUGAUAACCUAAAAAAGCAUUAAUUAACCAAACAUGUUUGAUACAUAAAAUAAACAAAGCCCAAAUGUCUUGAUGAGAUCUAAACAUUAAAGAGAAGUUACCAGUUUAUUCUUACAAGGCAUUAGAGAACAGUUUAGCAGCUAAUGUGUGAAGUCCUUUUUUUAAAUAGACAUGUUAAUGUGUGGUGUACUUGUUAGGGCCUUGAGUUUCAAAAGAAAAUAUUUCCAUCACAAACAAGCUGUUUUACUUUUGCAAGAAACUACUUUAUGUUAAUGUGUGACUAAGUAGGUACUUUUGUUAUGUCGCAUUAGUAUUUAAUAUAACACAUUUCUAUUUUACUUAUUUACAGUGUUUAUAUGUAAUGAAAUAAAAGACUAAAUAUGCAAUAAAAAAAAAAGACUUUAGAGACGCCUGUUUCUUUAAGGACUGGCGUUCCGGUUCAGUCUCUCUACUUCCUUUAAGUUUUUUUGCUGAAAGCAGAACGAAGGCUGGGCAAGAAAACUGGCACCAACAUCACUUCUAUAUAUUAAGUUUAGUCUUCAGAGUAAAAUCAGUUUACUGAGUGGAGACAGUUAAGUUGAGCUUCUCUUCAGCUGUUUUAUAUAUCCAGGAUGUCCUUAGAUAUUAAGUCCACAACAGAUUUCUUUCAAAGAGUGAGAUACAGCAUAACAAAGCAGGGAGACACAGCAGAGUGGGAGAAGAAGAAGGUUUAUAUCUACAACUACAUAAAUGACAUGAUGGAUGAUUCUCAGGUAGAAGGAGUUAAACAGACUGAAAGUCAAUCUGCAGCCAACAAAGCGUCUGUUAGAUGUGCAACACUGAGCAGAAGACUGCUGUACAUACUGAUAUUAGCUGGGAUCAUCAGCCUGACCAUAUACUUCACUUUGGAAAUACAGAAAGUGAACAACAGCUACGACCAUCAACACCAGAAACUUUCAGCAGCCAACAACAAUCAGCUACAGGACAGCUAUAACAUACUCAGCAAAAAUCACAGCCAGUUAACAGAGGAAGUAAACAGACUAAAAGAAAAGUUUGAAGGAAAGUGGUGUCCUGAUGAAUGGAUGAGAUUUGGAAGCAGCUGUUACUUUAAAUACAAUGAGACCAAAAGUUGGUCUGAAAGCAGGAAACACUGUCAGAAACAAGGAGCUGAUCUGGUGAUCAUAAACAGUCAAGCUGAACAGGAUUUUGUAAAAAAGCUGAAUGGAAAUGGAGAUUCCUGGAUUGGUCUUAAAGGAAAGUGGAUAGAAGAGACAAGGACGUAUGACUGGGGAUGGGUGGAUGGAUCACCACUGACACAAGCGUUCUGGGGAACAGGAUGGCCAAAGUCUGACAUUUACUGGCCAUAUGCAACAUACUGCGAUGGUGAAGGGAAAUGGAAAAACACAUAUUAUUACGAUUACAAUUACAAGACUUACGAUUACAAGAACUGGAUUUGUGAGAAAUGAAGAGUCAAACCAGACCAAAAGAAACCACAGCAUAGACUUACUUUUUUAAAAGUCAGAACUCAUUGCUUCAGUUUCCCUCUGAGGUUUAUCCAGAGGAACAAUAUAAGCAAACUAUUGAUGAUACUUUGAUUAAAUAUGUUGUGUGGAGACGUUUCAAACAGACUGUGUAUAGUUCUUAGCUCUUAACAAUAUUUCUUUAGGGUUAAACUUAUUAUCAGUUUCAGAUUAUAUAUCUGCUUUAUCUGACUGUUUUACAAGAAAAGUGGUUUAACCCAAUUAUAUAUCGAUAUAAAAUCAGUCAAAUGAAUAAUUAAAAUAACACAUUUUCAGAAAUAUA